CCUCCCUACCAGGGGAUGGGGCUGAGACCGGUGGAGAUACUAAGGCAAUGCUGCCUUUGUGAUUUCUCUCCCUUUGUCUGUUUUUCUCAAAUAGAACCUGUGGUGGCAAUACGUCCGCAUGAACCCUCAAUACAUCUGGAAGGCUUUCACCGUCCUGCUGACUGCUGCAUCCACUACACUCCACGGAAAAUCCGAUGUGUAAUCAUGAAAGAUUAUUUUAUAACAAGCAGCGGAUGCUCCCAGCCAGGUGUUAUCUUCCUCACCAAGAAAGGGCAGCGUGUCUGUGCCAACCCUUUUGAUUUGGGAGUUCAGGAUUGCAUGAGGUCCCUGAAGCUGAACCUAAUGACACAGACCUGAGAAAAAGGAAGCUUGCUUGAGGAGAAGGGAUACUAGGUGUCAACCAACCCUAUCUCCACUUCUCUUGUCCCAACUACCUCCUGGGAUUUUCUUGGCCUGAAUUAUUUUUUUAAGAAGCAACAAUUACUGUUCUUUCUGUUCUGAUUAUAAAAAGCAAUACAUUAAUAAAGAGUAUCCAAUGUAA